AUGGCGAGGACGGUUCGAAACAGGCUCCUAGGGGCAGGGCUGAAGUCAUGCAAAGCUAGAAAAAAUCCCUUCAUCAAUGAGAAGCAAAGAAGAGCCAGGCUGAGGUUUGCAAAAGACCAUAAGGAUUGGACCGUAGAGGACUGGAGUAAGGUCAUCUUCUCUGAUGAGUCCAAUUUUCAGCUUUUCCCAACACCUGGUCGUCUAAUGGUUAGACGGAGACCUGGAGAGGCCUACAAGCCACAGUGUCUCGCACCCACUGUGAAAUUUGGUGGAGGAUCGGUGAUGAUCUGGGGGUGCUUAAGCAAGGCUAGAAUCGGGCAGAUUUGUCUUUGUGAAGGACGCAUGAAUCAAGCCACGUACAAGGUUGUCCUGUAAAAAAACGUGCUUCCUUUUGCUCUGACAUUGUUCCCCAACUCUGAGGAUUGUUUUUUCCAGCAGGACAAUGCGCCAUGCCACACAGCCAGGUCAAUCAAGGUGUGGAUGGAGCACCACCAGAUCAAGACCCUGUCAUGGCCAUCCCAAUCUCUAGACCUGAACCCCAUUGAAAUCUUCUGGAAUGUGAUCGAGAGGAAGAUGGAUGGUCACAAGCCAUCAAACAAAGCCGAGCUGCUUGAAUUUUUGUGCCAGGAGUGGCAUAAAGUCACCCAACAUCAAUGUGAAAGACUGGUGGAGAGCGUGCCAAGACGCAUGAAAGCUGUGAUUGAAAAUCAGGGUUAUUCCAACAAAUAUUGAUUUCGGAACUCUUCCUAAGUUAAAACAUUAGAAUUGUGUUGUUUAAAAAAUGAACAUGAACUUAUUUUCUUUGCAUUAUUCGAGGUCUGACAACACUGCAUCUUUUUUGUUAUUUUGACCAAUUGUCAUUUUCUGCAAAUAAAUGCUCUAAAUGACAAUAUUUUUAUUUGGAAUUUGGGAGAAAUGUUGUCAGUAGUUUAUAGAAUGAAACAAAAAUGUCAAUUUCACUCAAACACAUACCUAUAAAUAGUAAAACCAGAGAAACGUAUAUUUUUGCAGUGGUCUCUUAAUUUUUUCCAGAGCUGUAUGUAUGUGUAUUUAUAUGUUUGUAUGUACAGUAUGUAUUUAUGUGUAUCUGUAUGUAUGUACAGUUGAAGUCGGAAGUUUACAUACACCUUAGCCAAAUACAUUUAAACUCAGUUGUUCACAAUUCCUGACAUUUAAUCCUAGGAAAGAUUCCCUGUCUUAGAUCAGUUAGGAUCACCACUUUAUUUUAAGAAUGUGAAAUGUCAGAAUAAUACUAGAGAGAAUGAUUUAUUUAAGCUUUUAUUUCUUUCAUCACAUUCCCAGUGGGUCAGAAGUUUACAUACACUCAAUUAGUAUUUGGUAGCAUUGCCUUUAAAUUGUUUAACUUGGGUCAAACAUUUCGGGUAGCCUUCCACAAGCUUCCCAAAAUAAGUUGGAUGAAUUUUGGCCCAUUCCUCCUGACAGAGCUGGUGUAACUGAGUCAGGUUUGUAGGCCUCCUUGCUCGCACAUGCUUUUUCAGUUCUGCCCACAAAUUUUCUAUAGGAUUAAGGUCAGGGCUUUGUGAUGGCCACUCCAAUACCUUGACUUUGUUGUCCUUAAGCCAUUGUGCCACAACUUUAGAAGUAUGCUUGGGGUCAUUGUCAAUUUGGAAGACCCAUUUGCGACCAAGCUUUAACUUCCUGACUGAUGUCUUGAGAUGUUGCUUCAAUAUAUCCACAUAACGAUGGUCAUUAUGGCCAAACAGUUCUAUUUUUGUUUCAUCAGACCAGAGGACAUUUCUCCAAAAAGUACGAUCUUUGUCCCCAUGUGCAGUUGCAAACCGUAGUCUGGCUUUUUUAUGGCGGUUUUGGAGCAGUGGCUUCUUCCUUGCUGAGCGGCCUUUCAGGUUAUGUCGAUAUAGGACUCGUUUUACUGUGGAUAUAGAUACUUUUGUACGUGUUUCCUCCAGCAUCUUCACAAGGUCCUUUGCUGUUGUUCUGGAAUUGAUUUGCACAUUUCGCACCAAAGUACGUUCAUCUCUAGGAGACAGAAUGCGUCUCCUUCCUGAGCGGUAUGACGGCUGCGUGGUCCCAUGGUGUUUAUACUUACAUUUACAUUUACAUUUUAGUCAUUUAGCAGACGCUCUUAUCCAGAGCGACUUACAGGAGCAAUUAGGGUUAAGUGCCUUGCUCAAGGGCACAGUUACGUCAUUUAGCAGACGCUCUAAUCCAGAGCGACUCACAAAUUGGUGCAUUCACCCUAUAGCCAGUGGGAUAACCACUUUACAAAUUUUUUUUUGGGGGGGGGGGGGGGGGGGGGGGGGGGGGGGGUAGAAGGAUUACUUUAUCCUUGCGUACAAUUUUUUGUACAGAUGAACGUGGUACCUUCAGGCAUUUGGAAAUUGCUCCCAAGGAUGAACUAGACUUGUGGAUGUCUACAAUUUUUGUUCUGAGGUCUUGGCUGAUAUCUUUUGAUUUUCCCAUGAUGUCAAGCAAAGAGGCACUGAGUUUGAAGGUAGGCCUUGAAAUACAUCCACAGGUACACCUCCAAUUGACUCAAAUGAUGUCAAUUAGCCUAUCAGAAGCUUCUAAAACCAUGACAUCAUUUUCUGGAAUUUUCCAAGCUGUUUAAAGGCACAGUCAACUUAGUGUAUGUAAACUUCUGACCCACUGGAAUUGUGAUACAGUGAAUUUUAAGUGAAAUAAUCUGUUUGUAAACAAUUGUAAUAGAACAGUGUAUAUGUUCACAGAUGCAUCUAUGGAGCCAGCACUUGGAGACAUGCAAGAUGAUGUGAUGGAGUCCUCACUGACAGACAGGCUAUGAUACUGACGUCUCUGAAUGGAGUGAGACCUUCCACUCAGCAUAAAAACAUUACUAGACUUUCACUUGUAUUGUCUUUUUUUAUUAUUGAAUUGAAUGGAUUCAGUCAAUAUGGGGAGGGAGAAACCCUGUGUAUUUUGCACCAGGAUCAUUGAACUCCUGUUGUUUAUGGGACACCACACAACAAGGUAUGACCACGCUGACGUGUUUGCCAAGGUAGCCCCAUUACCACCAGACAAAAUGCUGAUAGGCACGGUAUCUGUAUCAGCUGGGAAUGACAAUGAAAGCUGAAUGGUGCACAUUGUUAUAGCAGAACACUAGUUCUAUGGUAUUAUGUAAAGGGAAGUUGUUUCUACAUGGACCUGUUACUACAUUUGAAAGUUAUCAAAACACUUAGUUUAGAAUAUAUACAUAAAUUCAGCAAUUGCAUUCUUCUCAUAUUACUCUGUAGGCUACUGCCCUAUUCAAAGCUUCCUCCGGCAUCUCACCAUACAUCUGCCUGUAAUUAUUGAACUCAACUUGCAGGAUGUUUGUUUGUUGUGACUGAGUGAGGGAAAACAGCUGCGGGCAAGGUUCUGACAGCUGGGUGUGUCUUGGUGGUGGCAAGGACACACCCAAGAAAUGCCUACAUCAAACCACACUUCCAACCCAACUCACGUUUGGCUUCUGUCAUGGCUGCCAGCAUUUCUUGAGGAGCAAGCCAAAAAAUGAAGCCAAAUCAGCGGGUGCAAUUCCCCUUUAAUUACAAACUUGUAUGGAGGGGUUGGACAUGCCAAGAGAUGAAUCCUGAUUGGUUUGUCAUGUCACAGGCUUCUGUCUAUAACAGCAUGGCGCCUUCCCUGGUCAGUAUAUAGAUUAUUUUUGCUACAGCAGAUUUUUUUGAAAGAUAUAGCUAUGAACAACUGCAAAAGUGUUGCUACAGCUCUUAAAAACAUUUCUGCCCUGAAUUUAGUUGGUGCUAUUGACAAAGCUCAGUGGGAGAAAGUUUAAGUAAAGAGAUUACUUUCUGGAGGACAAUGCCAUGAUGACUCACAUGCGUUUACAUGUGAAUUCUUAAAGAGAUGGGUGGGGCUUUAGAGUGUGUGAAUGAUGCUGAAUGGACUUAAACAAAGAAGAGCUCUCUAGCAAGUGUGAAAAUAUCAGCAAAAUCUUUCAAGGGCAUUUUCUCCUACUUGUCCCCUAAGUGGGAUAACAUGUUUAUCAACUUUCAAAGCAGCAUAACUUUCCCAUAUUUCCUUCAACUACAGUGUAAUGAUAUACUAUAAUUUUGAAGCUCUGAAUCUGUACUUUUAUCAAAUGUAAAAAAAGAAAAUCACAAAAGUUGGCUUAAUCUGAAAUCUGAGAAAGGUCACAACAGGUUGAGUAUGCAAAGGGAGGGUAUAUCACUUUAUCCCUACCUAUAUGUACAUAUCUACCUCAAUUACCUCGUACCCCUGCACAUUGACUCAGUACUGGUACCCUGUGUAUACAGCCAAGUCAUCGUUACUCAUUGUUUAUUUAUUCCUUGUGUUAUUAUAUUUCUAUUAUCUCUGCAUUGUAAGUAAGCAUUUCAUCUGUUGUUUAUGAAGCAUGUGACAAAUACAAUUUGAAUUGAUUAAAUGUAUUUUAUAUUACUGGUACAUUUCUAAAUUUACCAGUAAACUACCAGAAUUUUGUAACUUUAUUAUUUUGUUGUUCAAUUUUAUCACAUGACAUCUAAUGGCCUUUUUGGGUACUUCAGAUUAUUCCAGGUGUCUGUAAUUAUCUCUGGCCCUCCGUGUGGAUCACAUGUAAAAUAUAUAUAACUAAUCAAAUAAGACGUUUUUUAAAAUGAAAAAUAGAAUUACAAAGCUGUAAAACAUUAUCCUUAAUAUAAACCAUCAACUUAGUGAAUACAAUUGGUGUUUAAUAUGAGGGUUUCAGCAUGAAAUAUAUAUUUUACACACAUAUUUAUUUUACUAUGUCUUUGUUGUGAAUGUGUUGGCGCCAAACUGGUGGCAGUUGUGAAAAAAGUAAAUAGUUGCAGAGUUAAUGGAAAAUAAUGCCAUUGUUGAUUAGAUGCCUUUUAAUUAAUAAGGCUAUUUUCUCUUGAACCAUAUGGUCUAUCCACUAGAAACUCAAGGACAAUAUGUACACAUAUAAAACAUUUAUACUAUAUAUGAAUAAUAUAUAUUCAAGUAUAAAUUACCAAAGUUACCAUAGAUUGCCAUAGAUUACCGGUAACGUUAGUACAUUAAGUUUUGCAACCCUAAGUGUGCUUGAAUGUGAGUAUUUGAAUAUGUAUUUAGUGUGUGUGUAUCUGUGUGUGUCACCAAUGCUGCACUUUGUUUACUGGAACCAAACUUCCAGCUAACAUACUUUGAAAGGUUCACUGACAUCUGUCAAAUCAUUUAUAUGAUAUCUGUUUACAUACCAUUUUCUUACAGAGCUCCAAAGCCAGUUAACAAGAUUAAACAUAUUUAGAUGUUUCUUUUUCUUCUUAUGGUUCUUUUAAUAUCGAACACACCAAACAUAAUAUUCUAUCAAACUAUGUAAUGAUUGGUGUUAAAAAUCAAGGAAAUUCAAGUCUGUAUAUUUUUAUUUACAGUCUUAAAAUGUUUUACUAAUAAACCUUGAAAACAGACAUCCCCUUUCUAUACUUAAUGCUUAUUACCGAUCUCAAGACCUGUAGCCUAUUGAUUUCUCUCUCUCACCCCAAAUAGUGAUUAUGGCUUUGAGAGGCAGAGUGAUGGAGGAUGCACCCCUGUCUUCUGGUUUGUUCCAUCCUCUGUGUCCAGAGACUGCACCACCGGAGACAGUUUCCUCAACACUACUGGGUAUGGUAAAUCCAUCUCCAUUUAAACAUGAUGUACUACUAAACUAGUCAGAAAUGCACUCAAAAGAAGAUACAGUAUUAGAGAACCCUUCAGCAAAGUUGACAGUCUAUUUUCUUGUUUUAUUCCUUCAAAUGUAUUUAAGAUAGAGUAUGGGCUGUCUAAUUAUUUAUGUCUGUAUGUGCGUAUGUUGCAGAUACCGUAAGGCUCUGUCCAAUAACUGCACUGCGGGAACCCUGGGGAAGUAUAGCCCUAGGAGCCAAAGGUGUCCCCGCCAGGCCCCCAGAGGUCUGCAGCUGGUCACCAGUGAGGGGACACUUACAGCCACCAUGGGGGACAACGUCACCUUCCUGGUGUUUCUGGAGGAGGUAAUGGUCUGCCAUAUUUCUUAGAGAUCCUAUCAAACUUUUGAAAGCAUGUGCUGGGUCGUUCCACCAAUUGGGUGCCUUUUGAGCAGUGUAACUUGGUGAUAGAAAAAUAAACAAAUAUUCUGUCAUAAAGAGCAGAUAUUCAAUGUCGAUAAAAACCAUGUUUUCCCAUUUCAAGAGGUUAAUAAAAAAAAAGACAAUAGUAAGUGCCUAUUAAGUGCCAAGUAAAGUAACAAGGUUGACGAUUUCAUCUUAAAUCAGAAAUAAAUCCUUUUUGACAGGGGAAAUGGAAGCUGGUUGUAUGAAACAGGGAGGGGCAAUUGAAUGCAAGCUUCACCAUUUUUAAAAAUUGUUAAAUCAUUUAUAGUCUGUCUAUCUAUGGACACAGACACACAUACAGUGGGGAGAACAAGUAUUUGAUACACUGCCGAUUUUGCAGGUUUUCCUACUUACAAAGCAUGUAGAGGUCUGUAAUUUUUAUCAUAGGUACACUUCAACUGUGAGAGGCGGAAUCUAAAACAAAAAUCCAGAAAAUCACAUUGUAUGAUUUUUAAGUAAUUAAUUUGCAUUUUAUUGCAUGACAUAAGUAUUUGAUCACCUACCAACCAGUAAGAAUUCCGGCUCUCACAGACCUGUUCGUUUUUUUUUUAAGAAGCACUCCUGUUCUCCACUCAUUACCUGUAUUAACUGCACCUGUUUGAACUCGUUACCUGUAUAAAAGACACCUGUCCACACACUCAAUCAAACAGACUCCAACCUCUCCACAAUGGCCAAGACCAGAGAGCUGUGUAAGGACAUCAGGGAUAAAAUUGUAGACCUGCACAAGGCUGGGAUGGGCUACAGGACAAUAGGCAAGCAGCUUGGUGAGAAGGCAACAACUGUUGGCGCAAUUAUUAGAAAAUGGAAGAAGUUCAAGAUGACGGUCAAUCAUCCUCGGUCUGGGGCUCCAUGCAAGGUCUCACCUCAUGGGUCAUCAAUGAUCAUGAGGAAGGUGAGGGAUCAGCCCAGAACUACACGGCAGGACCUGGUCAAUGACCUGAAGAGAGCUGGGACCACAGUCUCAAAGAAAACCAUUAGUAACACACUACGCCGUCAUGGAUUAAAAUCCUGCAGCGCAUGCAAGGUCCCCCUGCUCAAGCCAGCGCAUGUCCAGGCCCGUCUGAAGUUUGCCAAUGACCAUCUGGAUGAUCCAGAGGAGGAAUGGGAGAAGGUCAUGUGGUCUGAUGAGACAAAAAUAGAGCUUUUUGGUCUAAACUCCACUCGCCGUGUUUGGAGGAAGAAGAAGGAGGAGUACAUCCCCAAGAACACCAUCCCAACCGUGAAGCAUGGAGGUGGAAACAUCAUUCUUUGGAGAUGCUUUUCUGCAAACGGGACAGGACGACUGCACCGUAUUGAGGGGAGGAUGGAUGGGGCCAUGUAUCGCGAGAUCUUGGCCAACAACCUCCUUCCCUCAGUAAGAGCAUUGAAGAUGGGUCGUGGCUGGGUCUUCCAGCAUGACAACGACCCGAAACACACAGCCAGGGCAACUAAGGAGUGGCUCCGUAAGAAGCAUCUCAAGGUCCUGGAGUGGCCUAGCCAGUCUCCAGACCUGAACCCAAUAGAAAAUCUUUGGAGGGAGCUGAAAGUCCGUAUUGCCCAGCGACAGCCCCGAAACCUGAAGGAUCUGGAGAAGGUCUGUAUGGAGGAGUGGGCCAAAAUCCCUGCUGCAGUGUGUGCAACCUGGUCAAGACCUACAGGAAACGUAUGAUCUCUGUAAUUGCAAACAAAGGUUUAUGUACCAAAUAUUAAGUUCUGCUUUUCUGAUGUAUCAAAUACUUAUGUCAUGCAAUAAAAUUCAAAUUAAUUACUUAAAAAUCAUACAAUGUUAUUUUCUGGAUUUUUGUUUUAGAUUCCGUCUCUCACAGUUGAAGUGUACCUAUGAUAAAAACUACAGACCUCUACAUGCUUUGUAAGUAGGAAAACCUGCAAAAUCGGCAGUGUAUCAAAUACUUGUUCUCCCCACUGUACAUAUGAUAUGACACGCACUCUAAAUUUUUUUACAUUUUAGUCAUUUAGCAGACGCUCUUAUCCAGAGCGACUUACAGUUAGUGAGUGCAUACAUUAUUUUUUAUACCCCCCGUGGGAAUCGAACUCACAACCCUGGCGUUGCAAACGCCAUGCUCUACCAACUGAACUACAUCCCUGCCAGCCAUUCCCUAACCUGGACCCAUUGUGCGCCGCCCCAUGGGUCUCCCAGUCGCAGCCGGCUAUGACAGAGCCUGAAUUCGAACCAGGAUCUCUAGUGGCACAGCUAGCACUGCCGCAGUGCCUUAGACAACUGCGCCACUUGGGAGCCACUCUACACACACACGUAGACAUGGAUUUUGUAUUGUAGAUACAGUAUGUGAUAGUAGAGUAGUGGCCUGAGGGAACACAAUGUUUUGUGAAAAGUGUUAUGAAAUGUAAUAUCAUGUAAUAUUUAUUUUGGUAUAUAAAUGCCUUAAUCUUCCUGGAACCCAGGAAGAGUAGCUGCCGCCUUGGCUCGACCUGCUCAGUUUUCCACCACAAAACAUGAGAAAAUGGCCAAAAAGAGUAGAACCAGCUCACCUGCUUGACACUAGGGUUUGACUAUAAGAUGUUCCAUCUUUCUUUUGAAAACAAUAUUUAAAAAAGGAAUAGUUUCACCAUAUUAAAACGAGAGUUCAGUUCACAUAACAGGGUUGACCUUAAAAGUAUGGACAGUUUUCUUUUUUUUUUACCUUAAAAGGAAUCACCAAUCGCAUUAAAUAAAUAAUAAUCGGCAGAAAUGACUUUAUCAAAGCAACAUAUUAACUAGGGAUUUACAAUAAUGGUGAAAACUUUGAGAAAUGUUGGGGUUAAAUGGGUUAAAAUCUUCCUAGAAGUCACAGAGGGAGCACAGAGGGACAUGUCAAAAUGCUGAAUUUUUGCUCUUUAGCAAGUCUUUAUUCAUAUAAAAGAUUGGAUUUAUUAAAUGUUCCAUGUGGUCUAUAUUAAAGGGCACUUCAUUUGAUAUAACAGGCUUUUAAAAUUCAAUAUUUGUACUUAAAAUAUCAAAGGGAUGCAAAAGGCACUCAUUUUGUGGAACAACCCUGCUAUGAAUGGGCAUAUCUAGAUGUUAUGUAUUUGCCUCCCUAUAGUAUAUAUUUACGUAUACAUUGGUUUACUCUCAAUCGUCAACCAAUGGAUUGAGAUGAGCUGCUGUGCAUCAUGUUGUACAUUUUGUUGAUUCAUAGACCUGCUCUAAGAGCCUUGAUGGUUGUUGUCAAACACUUGUAGCCAUUGUCAUAUAACAGUUGUCAAAUAUAACAAUGUAUUUCUACAUGCAGAAUAUGCGUAGGAUAUAUAAAUACAUAUAUAGAGUGGAUUUAAAUUAUGUUAAACAUGCACACUGUGGCCAUUUUGAUCUAAUCGGAAACAUGUUUCCAUUGGUAGGGUGAUGGCUCCAUAACAAGUAUAACAGUGGACUUUGGAGAUGGGAUGGCCAUAUCCUACGCUAACAUCAGCUCCAUAGAGGAUGGAGUCAAACAUAUCUACAGUAAAGUGGGCAUUUACCAAGUGGCUGCCACAGCACUCAACAGCCUGGGCUCUGAGAGAGUCUUACUAUACCUACAUGUUACCUGUAAGUGAAACAGCAAUGGAUGACUGAUAUCAUUAUUUUACUAUAGAGUUACAGGUGCUCUUUGCAACAUUUCUACCCAUAAAAAAAUCAGUCAAUGAUGUAUCUGCAGUAGGAAAGGAAUACACUUCCAUGAAAGGAAACAGUUCUAUUUUAUUUUAUUGUAGGUCUACUUGAGCAAGUGCAGCUUUCAGCUCCCUCAGUGGUUGUUAGGAAUGAAGCAGUGAAUCUAACAACAGUCCUAAAGCCAAGUUACGUUGGAACAGUCACCUACUACUGGUGGUUCAACAACCACACUGAGGUCAGUGAAGACUUCCACAAUAUCUUAAAACUUUACAGAUUUACAGAACUUUACUUACCUAAUUUACCAUAUUAAUUGCAAUAUUGUGUAUUAUAUGGACAAACCCACCUUUAGUUUGUGACACUCUCUCUCUCUCUCUCUCUCUCUCUCUCUCUCUCUCUCUCUCUCUCUCUCUCUCUCUCUCUCUCUCUCUCUCUAACUCUAACUCUAACUCUAUCUCUAUCACUCUGUCUUUUGUAUGUGUGUUAGCCUGUCAUGACUUUAGUGCGAGGAAUGUCCUUCACCUUCUCCAAGGAGGGAACCCAUACUGUCACUGUGCAAGUGUCAGUUGGCAACACCUUCCUUCAAGACAAAAUAACUGUUGCAGUCUAUGGUAAGGUCUUUGAAAGGACUCAUCUCUACAUUACAGAGGUGUUAUAUGUUUCUAACAUGCAGGUGGUAAAUGUUCUCUUAUAUAAAAUAUUGACUGUGAUGCGACCAAUAAAAUGUGAUUUGAUAAUUUAGAUGUUGAACGUUUAAUCAUUUAUAAUCUCUUAUGAUCUAUUAACAGUUUCUCUCUUAUUAUCUAUUAUCUAUCACCAUUAAAUAUGUAUCUUGUAUUUUCCUGUAGAAUAUUUCCGGUCACACGUUUUAGCCUUCUCCUCUAAUCUGGAGGCCUUCAAUCCUGGUGUGGCUGAAUGGAGGCAGGACAUCAGUAGAGUGGUCAAGGACUCCAUGGUCCAAGUGAGUUCUCCUGUACAGUACUACUACAUCAUUUUUUACCAGUAAAUUACUGGGAUUACAGUAACUCAUUGGUGCACUCUGGUUAUUAUUUCAAGUAAUUCUAACAGCAUUUCAAACAACUUGGUAGUAAAUGGUAUGUCAUGAUGCUUCCCUCACUGAAUUCAAUGAAGUAAAGGUAUUUGCUAGCAAUCAUUACUAGCAGUAUACAAUUUCUAAGUGCCACAAAUCAGGUUAUGUCCCUACAAGUAUUUGGCCUAAUGUAAAUAGCAGGUAGAGUGUACCAUAUAAGGUAAAGUGUUUCCAGUCUCCUUCAUUGUCUCUCUCAGGAUGUCAAGAAGCGCAUUGGGUUACAUAAAAGGCCUGGCUGCUGAGCUAUACAUACACCCCACACUGGCUUUCUGUCUUGUCAGCUAUGACCAUGUUUUAUACCAGGAAAGUGACAGGGUUGUUACAGCACAAAUACACUUAAAAAGGGCUGCCCUUUACUAAAGACUGUCAAAAUGAGCUGAUUUGUGCAUUAUAUCUAGCCAGUGACUGGUACUUAGUCAAAUGACAUCUGAAGCAAAGAAGCGGGUGCAUUUAGCCUUUUCCAUAGCUAAGUACAGUGCAGCGCUAUAUGACAAAACCUAAUGAAAAUAUAGGAGAAACUGAGAUGCCAGAUACAUUUGUUAUAUUUCAUUACUUUUUAAUUGAAGGUCACAGGGAUCAGUGGAGAGCAGCUUCUAGUGUCAGUGCUCCCAGGGUUGCCAACGGCAGCAGAGUUUUGCAUCGUCCCUGAGAAAAGGUCAACAGAGGGGAGAAUGGAUGGAAAAGUGACACAUUUAGAGCAGGUAAUGUAUCACCAGACUACAAAGUCUUUAAUUACUUUUUAUUAUUAUUAUGGUUCUACCCAUUUACUUCCAUUUACAUAGAUCCAUUACUUGAAUCAUGCUGUAGUUAGGCCUAUCUCAAUGUUAAAUUAAGCAAGUAAUAACAGCAUCACUAAAUAGCAGCAUAAUGUGAAAACACAUUUCCCCUUGAUUAUAUUCUUCAUAUCAUGGUGGGUUCAUCAUUUGCUCAUAAUUCGUUUUUCUCCCUUCGCUGCUGUAAUCAUACAUGCAUAUGGAGUCUACUGAUCCUUUGUUAGAUAUACAAGCGCAACAAAAUGGCAUUUCAUUACACAUUUAUACCACUAGAGGGCAAUGUCUUCCCAUCAAAAUAAUAGAACCUCGCGCUUGAAAACCUGCAUUCAUCUCAAUACAGCAUUGCAACCUAUACUGUAGCAUCAAAAUGUAUUUCACAUAACUCAAUUCUAACCACUAAGACAUACUAUACUUACCAUUUAUUCCAUCAUGAAGGGUUUGCUUUUAAUAGAAUCACUUUGAAUAGAAUGACUAAGAUGUUGGACUUGCGCUCUAAUGGUUUUUCAGCUCUAUAAUUCUUGACAUUCUAUAGAGUUGAUAAAACACACCACGUUUUCAUCUGCCUUUCAGCAUCUCAAUCGAAUAGUAACAUUUUUAUCCAUUUCAGUCCACCAUCAGACACUGA